GAAUACAGGUAACUGUAACCAUGAAUAACUCAUUGGAUAACGCUAUGUCAUUUGAGGAGUACAUUCGGUUGAAAGCACGCACUAUCCCCCAACACAGAAUGAAGGAGUUCUUGGAGUCAUUGGCUGCAAAGGGACCGGAGGCUUUGCAGGAGUUCCAGCAGACCACCAUGACAGUGUACCAGCAGGGCGGCAACUGCAUCUACACGGACAGCACCGAGGUGGCAGGUUCCUUGCUGGAGCUCGCCUGUCCCGUCACAUCCACUGUCCAGCAGCAGCAGGAGCACCAGAUUCAGCAGCAGGCUCAGCAGAUCCAGGUGCAGGUUCAGGUGCAGCAAUCUCCGCAGAACAUGUCGACGCAGAUGUCUCCCCAGCUCCACCCAUCGCCCGACCAGAUUCAGGUGCAGGUGCAGCCGCAGCAACAGCAGUCCUCUCAGCAGAUGCAGAGCAUGCACAGUCCCAGCACGGCUCAGCAGCUGCAAGCGGCUCAGAUCUCGGUGCAGCACAUUCAGCCCUCGCAGCAGAUCCAGGCGUCGGAGAUCUCUGACGAACACAUCCAGCACCAGCAGAUCCAGGCCCAGCUCAUCUCCGGCCAGACGCAGCAGAUCCAGAUCCAGACCGUGGGCACCCUCUCUCCAUCUCAGCCUCAGGGCUCCCCUCGUGAGGGGGACCGGCGCUCCAGUACUUCGAACGUCCUCCAGCCCGUCAAGAAGCGCAAGGUGGACAUGCCAAUCACUGUUUCGUACACUAUCACCGGGCAGCCUGUGGCCACCGUGCUGGCCAUUCCACAGGGGCAGCAGCAAGGGUACGUGUCCCUGAGGCCCGACCUCCUGACAGUGGACAGCGCCCACCUGUAUACCACCACAGCUGGUACAAUCACAAGCCCCAGUGGGGAGACCUGGGCCAUCCCCGUGUACUCCACGCAGCCUCGUACAGACAUGCAGCAGCAAACAGCCACGCACGUCGCCAUCCCUCAGGAGGCCUACAAUGUGGUCCACGUCAGCAGCUCGCCCAGCGCUGUGGCAGCCGUGAAGCUGGAGGAGGACAAAGAUAAAAUGGUAACGUCUGUAAUGAAGAACUCUCACGAGGAGGUGGUUCACACGCUGGCCAACACCAUCUUCCCAGCACAGUUCAUGAAUGGCAACAUCCACAUCCCAGUGGCCGUGCAGGCAGUAGGAGGCUCGUACCAGGCACAGGCCCAGUCCGUGCAGCUGUGGGAUCCGCAGCAGCAGCAGCAACAACAACUACAGGGCCAAGCAGUGCAGGUGACCGAAAUGGAGCCUCAGCCGAUGUCAGCUUCCGAGAUGCUUUUGCCAAACACCCUGAAACCAGAGGAAGGCCUUGGGGUCUGGAAAUGCUGGGCAGAGACCAAGAACGCCGAGUUUGACAAGGACUCUGAGAACAGGCCAGCCCCCAUUGGCCGCCGUCAGCCGCUGCGCUUCCAGGAGAAUCUCCUCUCAUCAGCGGUGGCAGAAUUGAACUACGGACUGUGUCUAAUGCUGAAGGAGGCUCGCACACCCGAGGGGGAAGCCUACAAUCCAGAUAUGCUCUACUACGUAUGUCUCUGCAUUCAAAAGUAUCUGUUUGAAAAUGGCCGAGUAGAUGAUAUAUUUUCAGAUAUCUACUAUACAAAGUUCACUGAGAGGCUGCAGGAUGUAUUAAAGGACUGGCAGCCUCUGAUCAACUCUCUGGGUUACAUGAUCCCCAGUCACAUCACGGAGGAGAUGUUGUGGGAAUGCAAGCAGCUUGGAGCUCACUCACCUUCCACCCUCCUUACAACGCUCAUGUUCUUCAACACCAAGUACUUCCUAUUGAAAAGUGUGGAGCAACACAUGAAACUGGCAUUCACUAAAGUAGUCCGACAAACAAAGAAGAACCCGGUGAAUCCCAAGGACAAAAGCACAAGCAUUCGUUACAUGAAAGCACUGGGUCUGCAUCAAACCGGCCAGAAAGAUGACAUGUAUGCAGAGCAGUCGGAAAACCCGGAGAAUCCUUUGCGCUGCCCCAUCAAACUCUACGACUUCUACCUCUUCAAAUGUCCCCAGAGUGUGAAGGGAAGGAACGACACCUUCUACCUGACGCCUGAGCCGGUGGUGGCUCCCAACAGCCCCAUCUGGUACUCCACCCAGCCCAUCAGCAAGGAGCACAUGGAGCAGAUGCUGACUCGGAUUCUGACAGUGCGAGAGAUCCAGGAAGCCUUUGCCAUGGCGGCUGCCAACCUGCACUAGAGCCUGGGCAGAGAGGCAGGAGCAGACGCACUACACGGACAGCAGGGCCUUCCUUCCCUGGUGUUUCACUGCGGAGGCCUGGGGAGAGUGUCGCCUGGUGUAUAUCUGGAUAAUUUAGCAUAAUCGGGUUGGCUCCCAGAUACAGGGAGUCUGGCAGUUGCCUUUCUCAAGUGGCAGAUUUGAUUUCGACUUUAUUUUUUGACGCGUGGCAGAUUUGAGCAGCUGGAAGCCCUGCUGGCUUUGGAGACUCGUGUCACAAACUCCGGCACCCACGGGGUGAACUCAUCAUGUCAUUGGUGUGAGACGGAUGUAUCAGUAAUCUUUCUGCCCGUUGCUGGCUUAACCUGACCUCCACUGAAGAGAAUUUAACCUGGAAGAGAGAAUGGAACGCUGAUGAAGGUUUAUAUAAUUAAAAGUUUUUCAAUACUUAAAACAAAAAUGAUGUUUUUUUAGACUGACUAGAACUGAAGACUUUUCACAUGCCGGCCACGUGCAAGGCUUUGACUCCAGGCAGAGAAAAAUUAUUGUAAUAUACUCGUAUACCAUUAUAAAGAGACCUUUGUUUUUCUGUAUUCUGUUCUAAUAGUUUGUGCAACGCAGCAAGCUUUUCUCAGCCUGCAAUGAUGCGAGGAGUUUUGGUUGCUGUACAAUGAAGUGCACGUCAGAGGAAGGGCAGGAGGGAGGCAGGGGGUGUCCUGCCCUGCUCCACCCCCUGUGAACAGUAGGCAGUGUCUGUUCAUCGUUGGUCACCCACAGGUUGAAUCACACAGUUUAUCCCCGGCCGCCGGUCCCAGCCUCUGGUUGCAGAGUCUCUGCACAGGUGUCAGUCGGGCUGUGGCUCUGCCAUCCGCAGCAGGGUGGCUCUAAUGUUGUGGCAAUGAUUUGACAAUACAAUAUAAAUACAGAACUGUAUUUAUUGUGAUACUGAUGUAAAGAUACAGUAGCUUUAUUUUGGAGGAAUUCUGUUUUAUACUUUUUGCUAGAAAGGAGAUAUUUGUAAUUAUUAUAUGGGGCUAUGGAGUGUUGGGCGGUCCACAGUGUGUAGUAUCUCCCAGCGUUGGCCAGGCUGGGCUUGUAUGGUUGCAUCAUGGCCUGUAGCCACCCAGAAGGAGGUUUCUGUCCGUGGAUCUACAUGCAGGGUACAGGCAUCCACAAAUGCGCACGACAGCUGGGCGAACAGGCAGUAGCUGAGCUGUUUGUGGGCAGGGAAGGGUCGAUGCAGAAUACUGUGAUCAGUGUUUGAGUUUGUUCGGAAGUACACUUGGACCAGUUGCGUUGGUAAGGUUGAAGUCUCUUUUUUGGAUUUUUUUUCUCUUGGUACCACUAUGCUGAGACUCUAGUUUAAUUUUCAUCCAAGGGAGAUUUUCUUGCCGGCAUCAGCUACAGUAAUCUGUGUUCGUGGCCAUCUCUCGGUGGGUUUGGCCAUGUGCCCCGGAUCAGUGCCGUUAGGCGGUGGGUGCCCUGUGUUCAAGGGGAUAGUGGGUGCCACUGGUGCCCGCUCGAUGUACCCCCGGCAACAGGCGACUGACUCCAGGACACACAGCCUGUGCUGGAGACCUAACUGUUGUGUAGGAUAGUGCUAGUGUACGGGGUGAUACUGAUCUGCACGGACUCGGUGGGCCGAGAUGCCUGUAUCUCUAAAGUCCAAAGUAAAGUGUGUGUGCUGGUAUGGAGCUGUGAACAACAGCUGACUAACUCUGCAGCUAUUCUCUGGUGCCCUCAGCAGCCCAGUCGUGUUGCUGACGUCUGGUUUUACUUUCAAAUCAAAUAGUCCGUCCCAGAACUACUCUUUAAUUAUGACGUGCAUGUUAGUUCUGGAUGGUGACAAUCCUAAACUGAUUUUCAAAUUGCUUGGGCACUGCUCUAGUGAUGGUGUUCCCUGAGCAGUCAGCAGGGAAUGGAUGACCCCACCUGUACAGCUGGUUGCUCUGCCGGUCAUUUCCUUCCUUGAGCUACAUUAGGUAUGUGUGGGAAGGCUAACUCGUGAUUGCACGGAGAGUUGGAGUCAGAGUAUUGCUGCUUGUCGUGAGGUUGACUUGGUGACCAGAGAGCGAGAGACUGACUCUGUCAUAGGCAGGCUGCUGCUGGCGUGAGGACUCGCUGGGGACUGGGUUCAUCGGGCCUUGGAGCUUUGCAUGAGGAUGCAUUGAACAAAUGGACAAAUAUUCACAGUGUAUAAAGUACAGCUGAUGCUAAACUCCCUGCUGCACCGACCCCACACACACUCUUCCCCCCUCCUCUCACUGCUGUUCACAGGGGUGGCCACUGUAGUUGUUAAAAUGCUGUUUAAAAGAAUCACAAUCCAGGAAACGUUCAGUUUGUAAGAGUUGUUUUGGUUUUACAAACUUGUGUUGCGUUGAGAGAAUAAGGCAACACCCCUGAUGUUAUGUUCCCUGCCUCGGAGCCACUGACUGCUUGUGUUAAACACGUCCACCUUCCUACCUUUAUUUAAAUGUUCUGACCGCAGUUUUAGUUUGACUGUGGGAUUUAUGGACCCACGUCGCCCGUAAAUUGUUUGUGUUCUUGUAACAGAUGCUGCGGUUAGCACGGGCAGCGUUAACUCAACAUUCCUCGAGCGAUUUCCCCUCUUGUCCAGCUGCAGAGCAUUCCCGAGAAGGUACCGCCACAGGAGCAGCCUCCUCCGUGCACCGACUGCUUCACGGCAGGAGGCCCGUGGUCCCUGACUCACCACAGGAGACCGGGCUGGGGUAGACACUGACGGCUCAUGGCUCACUCCCCUACACACCUCACUCAGUGCCCACAUCUGCAGUGUCCUAAACCGGCUCUUGGUUGGUUGGGGGGGAGUUAGUUAACCUUGCCCAAGGAGGAACCAACCCUCUGGCAUUUCCGUCCCGUACAGCCAGCUUCUGAUCUAAGCUCUGGCCUCUGGGGAACGUGGGGCCAGAGGCUCUGACCCUCCUCCCUGUGAACCCCCAGGGUCCUGUGAAUUAUAACACUUCUGGUCACAGCCACACUGGACCCUCAUGCACAUGGAGUCACCGCAGCGCACGCACACACCUGCUCCACACGCCAUUCCCUCGCUUCAACACAGAUGGAGCCGUCAUCAAACAAACCCCAACCGGAUGUAGCCAAGAAAUGUGUGAGAGUGCUGGGGCAUUAACCCAGCACACUCUGCUGGGGUUGUAGACAGACCAUCACUGAUCACCCAUCUCCAUAUCUCCACAGGCCAGCCCUUGGGUCACACACAUCCCUCAUCACCCUUGCGUUCACCUAACUUACUUCAUUGACUUGGAGUUUCUGCAAACUACCCCAGCUGGUGGGAAUGGUCAUCGGAGCCAGUCUGGUGGCUGGGAGAUCGUGACACCACAGCACUAGUUUCUCUCCCCUGCCACUGAUGCACCUCACAGCCUGUCCCACACGUCCCGGUAGUUGUAGGGGUAAGUGCAGAAUAAAGGUGCAGCCCAUGGAUCCUCCCCAGCACCACACACAGCUACUCCCGCCUCCCCCCCUCCCAGCCUUUGACACCCACCACCAGGAACGCUCGGUUUGAGACGCCGUCGAUAUUGGGCUGCACUUCAAUAGUUAAUUUUUUUAAACCAAAUGAAAAGGGAAAAGUUCAAACAUGUACAAAUGUUAUUUUGCUUACUUUACUCGUCAUACCGUUUCAAGUAUUUUAAAUAAAAGUUAAAUAAGA